GCCUGGGAAUGAAAUGCAUAAACAAACCCUAUACUUCUAUUUACAGGCCAAAAUGCUGGACAUCUCGUUAUUUAUAAAUGAAACUAUUAACUGGAACCAUUAACGUAUCCAAUAACUAUAAUCCUUUCAUCUAAAAAUUUCAACUGAAGUUUGUGAACAGUGUGUAUUGUGUGGGACAAUGGGUUGCGGAUCGUCAGGUCAGGUUAUAUCAAGUCAGGACACCGACAAGAAUGGCGAAGCUAAAAGCAAUGGGAAACAGGUCAAUGGUCACCAUGACAACGACCUGCCGACUGUCGUGCUACCCGACACGCCCGUCAAACCUAAACCACCGGUAGCAUACGAGAUCCCUCUAGAAGAGUUCAGUGGUGGUCGACCAAUGGCAUCGCCCCCUCCCCACUUACAGCGCCUUCUGCAGCCCCCCAGUGCAGAUAUCACAUUGCCACGCAUUGAGGAGAAGCUCGCUGAAGCGGAGCAGAGAAGAUUAACGAUACUCCAACAACGAGCGGCUUCUGCACAAAAACGUAUACAGAAGACAAUAAGGUCACCUGAUAAUGGUAACUUCGGUAUUUUACAGAAUACAGAAGGAAAACAUACAUCGAACCCCUUACCCAUCCCACCCGAGCCAGGGGUCUGUGAAGAUAGGAUUAUGUGAUGAAAUUAACCAUUAAAAUUUUGUAGUAAAAUUAAA